CUGAUGUACACGUGAGAACUUCAUUUUCAACACCGAAUCAAAACGGACCUCUUCCUUUUUUUUUUCCCUCUUUUACUGUAUGCCAAUUCUUUUAUCUUCCCACCUUUUAGAUACAUUGAUUGUUUCUUUAUUUGUAUUUAAUUUCUUUCUAUUCAUAUCAUAUUUUUGACUUUAAUAUUCCCUUCACUUUACUUUUCCUUUCUUUUUUUUCGUUGUGGUACUUCCUUUAAACCACUCGUCAUAUAUAUAUAUUUUUUGAAUAGUUUCUCGAAUCCAACAAUAACAACAAUAUUUUACUUGAUGCAUCAAAGUCGUAUUGAUUUACUCAAGAUAACUCAGGUCAGCGAUGUCCAGUUAGAAAAAGGACAAGAAAUACUCAAUGGUACACUUCAUCUUACUGUACAUAAUCUUAUAUUCAAUCAUACUGAAGGAGAACUAUGGAUACCCUAUCCCAUUAUUCAUACAGUGGAACGUAAACCUCCUUCCUUACAAUCUGGUCGUCAUCCUCUUACUAUACGGUGUCGUGACUUUUUGAUUGUUACCCUUGCUUUAUUAAAAGAUGGAGAAGCUCAAGAUGUAUUUGAUAGUAUCCAAAAAUUGACUUGUAUCAAUUCAACGGAACAACUUUAUGCAUAUAGUUAUCAACCUUGUACACCUUUUACUUCUACUGAUGGUUGGAAAAUAUAUGAUCCCCUUCAAGAAUAUGCAAGAAUGGGUGUAGGUAGUAAAACUGAUGCUUGGCGAUUUUCUACUAUUAAUCGUGGUUAUUCGUAUUCUCCAACAUACCCUAGAACAUUGAUUGUCCCAACAAAAAUUAGUGAUAAUGUAUUGAAUUAUGCAGCAAAAUAUCGUAGUAAGGCAAGAAUUCCAGCAUUAUCAUAUCUUCAUUGGCACAAUAUGGCAACUAUUACUCGAAGUAGUCAACCUAUGGUUGGAUUCAAACAAGCAAGAUCUAUUCAAGAUGAAAAAUUAAUUGAAGCUAUCUUUGCAUCUAAUGUACCUACAGCACCGAAUGGACAAACUGUAUAUGGAUCAACAGCUGCAAAUAUGAUUGUAGAUGCUCGACCUAUGGCUAAUGCAAUGGGAAAUGUUGCUCGUGGUGCUGGAACGGAAAAUAUGGAUAACUAUCGAAAUUGUAAAAAAAUUUAUAUUGCUGUGGAUAAUAUUCAUGUUAUGCGUGAUAGUUUGGCAAAAAUGAGUGAAGCAAUGCAAGGCACUGACAACAAUGGACAAGUAAAUCGAGCAGGAUUGGUACGAUCGAAUUGGUUGAAACAUAUUGGUACACUGAUAGAAGGCACAUUGGCGAUUGUAAAAAACAUUCAUGUAUAUAAUUCACAUGUCUUGGUACAUUGCUCAGAUGGAUGGGACAGAACGGCUCAAUUGGUAUCGAUAAGCGAAUUAUGUUUAGAUCCUUACUACCGUACAUUACGAGGUAUUCAGAUCUUGAUCGAAAAAGAGUGGAUAUCAUUUGGACACAAAUUUGCGGAUCGAUGUGGACAUUUAUCAAACGAAAAGUACUUUGUGAAUUUGGCAAAUACUGGUGGUAAUGCAGCAACGAACACAAUUAAGGACAUGCAAAACAAAUUUUACAAAUCCAAUUAUUAUCAAAAGGAAACAAGUCCUGUAUUCCAUCAAUUCCUGGAUUGUGUCUAUCAAUUACUCCAACAGUUCCCCACUCGAUUUCAAUUCAAUGAACAACUUUUGAUUGAUUUACAUUAUCAUGUCUAUUCCUGUCAAUUUGGAACCUUUUUAUUCAACUGUGAAAGUGAACGUACCAAUCAUCAUCCUCAAUCAAAAACCUACAGCUUAUGGGAUUAUAUCAACUCGAAUAGUGAAAAAUAUAUCAAUGACAUGUAUGACCCUAAAAAGGAUUUGGAUCUUGUCGAUGGUGGUGGUGUCCUUUUUCCAGAAUAUUCAGAUAUUCAGUAUUGGGGUGGUCUUUUUAAUCGACAACAGGAUGAAUUCUUGGAUCCUGUUAUGUAUAAUAGUGGUAGUGCUUUGGAAGGUCCAUUAUAGUUUAUUCUUUUC